AACGUUAAAUCUAAAAAAAAAAAAAAAAAAGAGAAAAAGAAAUUUCAGAGAAGCCUCAAAUUUCGUAAAUUUCACGGAAAAGACUAGGGCAAGAAGAGAGAUAGAGUUUGCUCAGCCCGAUUCGCGACAAAAGUCUAGUGACGGAAUGGAUGGACUAGAUGAUCCAAAGCAAAGUACUGCAGAUAUGACUGCUUUUGUACAAAAUCUUCUACAACAAAUGCAAGCAAGGUUCCAGACCAUGUCUGAGUCCAUUGUUACAAAAAUAGAUGAUAUGGGAGGCCGGAUAAAUGAGUUGGAGCAGAGUAUCAAUGACUUAAGGGCAGAAAUGGGAACGGAGGCUUCCUCUUCUCCUCUGGCGCCAUCUGGGAAGUCCGAUGAAGCCAAGUAGGAUGAUAUUCCUUAGAGCUUAUGGAAGCAAAUGUGUGGCAAAUCUGUUUUCGAAUUUCUUCAGGUUUUGUUUUCUCUGAUUAUUGUUUACAGUUUAUCUUUUAAAAUAUAGUGUGUAGCUUGUUCACAGUUUCUUUUCGAUUGUUGUUUGAUUUGAGUUUGUCUCCUCCUGAGUUCUAACUAUUGUUGCUAAUUCAUUGAAAUUGGAUUUUACUA